AGUCAGCUCCUUCGCUGACGACCCUGAGAUCGACAUAAGCAAGGAAACAGGAGGAAAAGGGGGAUUGGAGGUGGUGAGGGGCAGAAAGAAAGGGAAAGUGGAAAAGACCGUAGCGGGUUUAAGCUUCUGGUCAAAGCAGAGGAAGCUGAAGGGAGGGAAGGUAAAUGGGUGACUCGGAUUUGCGCAGCUCUACUGCACAAACUUGAACUUAAAAAGAGCCGGACUCACGUUUUGCACACUCUCUCUCCCACUCCCACACACACACACACACACACUAUCAUUGAGUAAAGAGAGACAGAGUGAGACAGGGAGGGAGGGAGAGAGGGAGACUCGUUACAACUUAGUCUCUCUCGGGUCCAUCAGCUCGAGCCGCACGGACGCGAACCUCCUGCUCAAUGGGGCUUUAGAAUAAUUUGGAAUAAAACAACGCCUCUCUUUUUGCACAUUAUAUAUAAAACAUAUCACUAUAGUUAUUAUUAAUUUAUUUUCAAAAUUCCAAACAAAUAAGACUUACCUGUAUCGUCACAGUGCAGUAAUUUCCUAUUACUGACCAAACACUGUGAGAAUAGUCACUAUGGAUUUGCAGAAUUUUUCGAAUCGGAAGAAACGGCGACCAUGGCUCCCGGACCUAAGCCUGUCAUCUUGGUUAGCCUUGGCGUUGAUGCUCUGGCAAGCAACUCCGUGUCAUGCAGCUGACCCAGUGGAUGUUCUGAAGGUUCUUCAGCUCCAAAGUUUACCUGAGGGUGUGAAGAAGACCACAGGAUUUUGCCCCAACAGGAAGACUGGUACCACUGAUGUUGCCUACCGAAUAUCCAAGCAGGCUCAAAUCAGUGCCCCCACUAAACAGAUUUUCUCAAGUCGCUUCCCUGAGGACUUUUCCAUUAUGGCCCUUGUGAAACCAAAAGCAGGCCUCCAGGCUUUCCUGCUGUCUAUCUAUAACGAACAGGGAGUGCAGCAGCUUGGGGUUGAGCUGGGCCGCUCUCCAGUGUUCCUGUAUGAGGACCACACAGGAAAGCCAGCCCCAGAGGAUUAUCCCUUGUUCAGAGGGAUCAACCUGGCCGAUGGCAAGUGGCACCGAAUUGCACUGAGUGUUCAGAAGAAAUCCGUUACCCUCAUCGUGGAUUGUAAGAAGCGCAUAACUAAGCCUCUGCCACGCAGUGCCAGUCCCAUCAUUGAUACCAAAGGCAUUAUGGUGUUUGGAACAAGAAUCCUUGAUGAAGAAGUGUUUGAGGGUGACAUUCAGCAGCUGCUGAUUGCCUCCAAUGCUCAGACUGCCUAUGACUACUGUGAACAUUAUAGCCCAGACUGUGACACUGCCCUCCCAGACACCCCGCAAGCACAGGAGCCCAGUAAGAACUAUUACUUUGAUGAAGAGACGGAGUAUUAUGAAUACCCUUACUAUGACGAGACCUCAGAAAACCCCAUGCUAGUGACCUCAACGGCUGUGCCUUCCCCAUCCAAAGAGGGGGCCGCCAGCACUACUAAGCAGAAAGCUAAACCUACAAAUGGUAACAAGGAGUCGGCUAAACCCAAGCCUAAAUCUGCUGGGGCUAAUGGCAAUGGUAAACAGAAUGGCAGCAACCAGAAAUCUAACAACAACAAGAGCAACAACAGCAACAAGUCCCCCCCUGCCAAGAAUGCCACUCCUAAGCCCUCUCCAACGAAACCCGCCACAACCAAGACUCCCAAGGUCAAAGUGGCAACUGUGAAAAACUCCAUCAGUAAGGCGCCACCUAAAAAAGCACAGGCAGCUGCCACUGGUACUAAAAUUAAGAAGAAGACAACCAACGGUUAUCAACAGGAUGUGGCCCUGGCACCAACUGAGGCAGGUUAUGUCCCUGCUGAGCCAGAGCUCACGCCUGAACCGGCAGUGGAGGAGUAUUAUUAUACCUUAGAGGAGGAGCCGGAGGCAGUGGCAGAGUCAGAGAAGAAUGUCGUUGAGCCCACAGAAGAGGGCAAGUCAGCACCGCCUCCCGCUGUUGAGCAAGAGGAGGAGGUGAAAACCGAUGUCGUUGCACCUGCCGAGGAGAUGUUCACCGAGGAGUAUGUGACAGGCGAAGUGGAUCCAGGUGUCAAAGAGUAUGAUUACUCAUACAAGGACUAUGGGGAAAGGCCUGGCCCUUCUGAGAUUGGCCCCGCCCUGUCUGCUGAGACCGAGGAAGGAGGUGCCAUGGUGAGAGGUGAAAAAGGAGAAAAAGGAGAGCCUGCCGUGCUCGAACCUGGUAUGCUAAUUGAAGGACCUCCAGGGCCAGAAGGACAAGCGGGUCUGCCUGGCCCUGCUGGCCCUCAAGGACCUCCAGGAUCUGUAGGUGAUCCCGGUGACAGGGGUCCUCCUGGACGUGCAGGCUUACCUGGUGCUGAUGGAUUACCUGGUCCUCCUGGCAGCUCUGUCAUGCUUCCUUUCCGUUUUGGCAACAGCGCUGGUGAGAAGGGUCCCAUUGUCUCAGCACAAGAAGCUCAAGCUCAGGCCAUUCUGCAACAAGCCCGGCUUGCAUUAAGAGGGCCUCCUGGACCGAUGGGAUUCACUGGCCGCCCAGGACCCGUGGGGACACCCGGCAGCACAGGGCUGAAGGGUGAGUCUGGAGACCCUGGACCUCAGGGUCCACGCGGUCCUCAGGGCCUUUCAGGUCCUCCUGGCAAACCAGGUAGAAGGGGACGUGCUGGAGCAGAUGGGGCACGCGGCAUGCCUGGGGAGUCAGGAUCCAAGGGUGACCGAGGCUUUGAUGGUUUGCCUGGACUGCCUGGUGACAAAGGACACAGAGGAGAACCUGGAGCAUCAGGACCACCUGGAGGUCCUGGAGAGGAUGGAGAAAGGGGAGAUGAUGGAGAAGUUGGACCCAGAGGACUUCCAGGUGAACCAGGUCCCCGUGGUUUGUUGGGGCCUAAAGGACCUCCUGGCAUCCCUGGACCACCCGGUGUGCGUGGAAAUGAUGGCCCUUCUGGUCCCAAAGGAAAUCUUGGUCCACAAGGAGAACCAGGACCACCAGGACAACAAGGCACACCCGGCACUCAGGGAACACCAGGACCUCAGGGAGCAAUGGGGCCUCCAGGAGAGAAGGGUCCCCAAGGAAAACCAGGAUUGCCAGGAAUGCCAGGUGCUGAUGGACCUCCUGGUCACCCAGGUAAAGAGGGACCAACUGGAACCAAAGGAAACCAGGGCCCAAAUGGUCCUCAGGGUCCCAUUGGUUAUCCCGGACCUCGUGGUGUAAAGGGUGCAGAAGGUAUCCGUGGUCUAAAAGGACACAAGGGUGAGAAGGGUGAAGAUGGUUUCCCUGGAAUUAAGGGAGACUUUGGAGUGAAGGGUGACAAAGGAGAGUUGGGAGUUUCAGGCCCUAGAGGUGAAGACGGUCCUGAAGGUCCAAAAGGAAGAGUUGGGGCUCCUGGUGAAAUUGGCCCAAUUGGAGUUGUUGGUGAGAAGGGAAAACUUGGAGUUCCAGGACUACCUGGGUAUCCAGGCAGACAAGGACCAAAGGGUUCAUUAGGUUUCCCUGGAUUCCCUGGCACUAACGGAGAAAAAGGUGCUCGGGGCUUGAUUGGAAAAUCAGGACCACGAGGUCAAAGAGGUCCCACGGGUCCUCGGGGCCAGAGGGGACCUAGGGGAGCAACAGGCAAGCCAGGAGCAAAGGGGACAUCUGGAAGUGAUGGGCCUGCUGGUCCACCUGGAGAGAGGGGCUUGCCAGGACCACAGGGACCUAAUGGAUUUCCUGGCCCUAAAGGACCACCUGGUCCCCCAGGAAAGGAUGGUCUGCCAGGGCACCCUGGACAGAGAGGCGAAGUCGGUUUUCAAGGAAAGACUGGUCCCCCAGGGCCUCCAGGAGUGGUUGGACCCCAGGGUCCAGCUGGUGAGAGUGGUCCUAUGGGUGAACGAGGCCACCCAGGUCCUCCUGGGCCUCCUGGAGAGCAGGGUCUCCCUGGUCCAUCAGGCAAAGAAGGCACUAAAGGUGACCCAGGCCCAGCUGGUGCCACAGGAAAAGACGGACCACCAGGACUGAGGGGCUUCCCUGGUGAAAGAGGACUUCCAGGCACUGCGGGUGGAGGAGGACUUAAAGGCAAUGAAGGCCCAGCAGGACCUCCUGGACCUGCGGGUUCCCCUGGAGAACGAGGAAGUGCAGGUCCUGGUGGACCUAUUGGGCCUCCAGGAAGGCCUGGACCUCAAGGGCCUCCUGGACCUGCAGGCGAGAAGGGAGUACCGGGUGAAAAAGGUCCUAUUGGCCCAGCAGGACGUGAUGGCAUUCAGGGUCCAGUGGGUUUGCCUGGACCAGCUGGACCAAUCGGUGUGCCCGGGGAGGAUGGAGAUAAGGGUGAAGUCGGAGAGCCUGGGCAGAAAGGUUCCAAAGGAGAUAAAGGAGAGCAUGGUCCCCCUGGUCCACCUGGCCCAAUGGGUCCUGUAGGGCAGCCUGGACCUGCUGGUGCAGAUGGUGAGGUUGGUGCUAGAGGUCAACAGGGUCCAUUUGGUGCAAAGGGAGAUGAAGGCCCUCGUGGAUUCCCUGGACCACCUGGCCCAAUUGGACUUCAAGGUUUGCCUGGACCAUCAGGAGAGAAAGGAGAAACGGGAGAUGUUGGGCCAAUGGGUCCCCCAGGUCCACCUGGACCAAGAGGCCCUGCUGGUCCCAAUGGAGCUGAUGGUCCACAAGGUCCUCCUGGAGGACUCGGAAACCCUGGUAACGUAGGAGACAAGGGUGAACCUGGAGAGGCAGGAGCACCUGGCAUCACAGGAGAGCCCGGUCCAAAGGGUCCUCGUGGUGAGAGGGGUGAAAAAGGAGAGGCUGGGCAACCUGGGGCAGCUGGACCAGCAGGUGUGAAGGGACCACCUGGAGAUGAUGGACCAAAAGGCAACCCAGGUCCUGUGGGUUUCCCUGGAGAUCCUGGUCCCUCAGGUGAACAAGGUCCCCGUGGAGCUGAUGGUGCCAAGGGGGAGAGAGGUGAGGACGGAGAGCAAGGACAAGCUGGAUCUCCUGGACCAACUGGUGAGGCUGGCCCACCUGGGCCCCCAGGAAAAAGGGGGCCUCCUGGAACAAGAGGAGCUGAGGGUCGCCAGGGUGAGAAAGGUGCCAAGGGUGACCCUGGUGCUGAUGGUCCAGCAGGAAAGACUGGUCCAGUAGGUCCUCAAGGUCCUCCAGGAAAACCAGGAACAGAGGGUCUACGAGGAAUUCCCGGACCUGUGGGUGAACAAGGUUCUCCUGGAGCUACAGGACAAAAGGGGCCCCCUGGACCAAUGGGACCUCCUGGCUUACCAGGUCUUAAGGGUGAUCCAGGUGCAAAAGGAGAAAAGGGUCAUCCCGGUCUUAUUGGUUUGAUUGGACCUCCAGGAGAGCAGGGUGAGAAAGGUGACAGAGGUCUACCUGGUCCACAAGGCAGCGCUGGACCCAAAGGUGAAACUGGUAUCGCAGGACAAUCAGGCCCGCUUGGACCAGCAGGACCUCCUGGACUGCCUGGACCUCCUGGUAUUAAAGGUGCAAAGGGAGCCACGGGUCAAGCUGGUCCUAAAGGAGAAAAGGGUACUGCAGGACCUCCUGGUCUACCAGGACCUCCAGGAGAGGUGAUCCAGCCUCUGCCCUUCCAGAUGCCUAAGAAGAACAAGCGAUCUAUUGAUGCCAGUAUGCUGGUGGAAGACUCAGCUGGAAUGGCGGCUGAUGCACCCAUGGAAUAUCAUGAAGGAAUGGAAGAGAUCUUUGGAUCCCUCAAUUCUCUGAAACAGGAGAUUGAACACAUGAAGCACCCACUUGGAACCCAGGAAAACCCAGCUCGAACCUGCAAGGACCUGCAGCUGUGUCAACCAACCUUCAAAGAUGGUGAAUACUGGAUUGAUCCUAACCAGGGAUGCUCAAGGGACUCUUUCAAGGUCUUCUGCAACUUUACUGCUGGAGGAGAAACUUGCAUUUACCCUGAUAAGCAAACUGAAAUGGUAAAAAUGAACACUUGGUCCAAGGAGCGCCCAGGAACAUGGUACAGUGAGUUUAAACAGGGCAAUAAGCUGUCCUAUGUGGACUCCAAUGGUAACCCUCUGGGAGUUGUUCAGUUGACCUUCUUGCGUUUGCUCAGUGUUUCAGCUAGACAAAACUUUACAUAUCACUGCCACCACUCAGUAGCCUGGCAUCAUUUGGGCUCAGACAGUUUUGAAAGAGCUCUGCAUUUCCAGGGUGCCAAUGAGGAAGAACUGAGCUAUACAAAUAAUCCCUACAUCAAGGCUCAUGUUGAUGGUUGUGCUAACCGCAAGGGUUAUGAUAAAACAAUUUUGGAAGUGAACACACCACAUGUGGAGCACCUACCUCUAGCAGAUGUCAUGUUCACAGACUUUGGGGAGCCUAACCAGAAAUUUGGCUUUGAUGUGGGACCCGUGUGCUUCUUAGGCUGAAAGACAAACGAUAAAAGAUAAAAGAAAGUAAAAAUCCAAAGAAAAAGUAUAAAAAAGUAAAAAAUAGAAAAAAUACAAACAUUUCAUGACCUGCCUGUUUAUCCCAAGCCCUAUGUGUCUUCACCAGGACUACCUGAACAAACAAAAUUUCUUUCUCACCGUUUGUUCAACCCCAGGCCAUAUUUUCUACAUGCUGAAUACCAGCCAAUAAUCUCUAUUCUUGUCUGGCAUAACAGACAUAAUCCAAAAAGGAAAUAAAAUACCCAGGAAAACAAAAGCCCGAUGAAAAUAAAUGGAGAAUCCUACUCUACAUUUAGAAUCCAUUUUUCAGGAUCCAGUAUUUGAAUGGAAGAUCCUCAGCUAAAUCACCAGGACAAGAAAGACUUUAAUUGAAGAAAGCCACACCAAAGACUUGCAACUACAAAACAAACCUAAACUCUAUGGCAAGAAGGAAAGGGAAAAAUCAAAUGUACAGUAAUGAAACUGUACCAGCCUUCUGUGUAGGCCUGUCAUCUGUCUGACCGCCUUGUGGGUUAUUUGUGCAGUAGCCUUCAUAGAAUUUGAUGGGACAUCUUUAAUUUCUGAAAACUGCAAAGAACAGUGUAGAACAAAACUUUUCUCUGUCUUUUUUUAAAUACAGCCACACUGUAUGAAGGGAUUUGUACAUGUACAGUUUAAUGCAGCUAGCCAUGGUUAACUGUUCAAAAGGGAAAUUUAAUUUUUUUUAUUUUAUAUGCAACACCUUUGGAAUGAUAACUAUGUAUCACAUAACGUAAUCCAUACAUUUUGCUGCAAUUAUGUUAUUCAAAAAUAAAAAAAAAACAUGGUCCUAGUGAGAGGUACAGUGAAUUAAACUAAAUGCUAAAAACAUAAGCUGUUCUUUGCAGUUUUCAUGUGUUGGUACUUUUGUGCGCUAAAGAAUAAAGUCACAUUGUCUUCAAGUCCAUUUGAAGUAUAUUAAAAAUGUAUUAAGCACAAGGGCCAAUUAAUUGUUUUUAAUUUAAGUGCAUUUCUGUGUCAGUUUGCUGAAGAUGCCAGUGAGAAAUUAAAUUUUGAGUGCUGGAAGGAACAAACAUCAUGUAUAAAAAGAGACAGAAUUGUUUUUUUGUUUUUAAAGAACAAAGGGGUUGAGUUGAGAAAGUAUAUUUUUGAUUUACCUGUAACACUUAAGAACUGUUUAAAAUAUGGUGCUCAGAUUGUACUAAACUGAAACAAAUCAAAAAGGUGCUCAAAGUAUUAUUUUAUAAUGUUUGUAAGUAUUUUUUAUUUGUAUUGUAAUAUAUAUUCUAUAAUUUGCUGCUUUUUCAGGUUGUCUUAUUUUUCCAUUUAUGCAAGUUCUGCGCAUCUUGUUUUAAAAUGCUGCCCUUUCCAUCUAAAUUGCUCUUUUCAAACUAAUUUCUGCUUGUGUUUUUCAUUUGCAUCCUCUUUUUUCUAUGUCUGCUGAAAACCUGCAUGAUCAUCUCUCCCUGCUAUUUUCCUUUUCCCUUUUAGUCAAUUCAGUCAGUUUUUCAGGGUGUUUUUGUUUUCUCCUUGUGUUCCAAUAAAUUGCACACCAACACAGGUCUCUCCAGUCCUUGUAA